AUGAUAUUUUACUGGCUCAGUUCAAUGUCCCGCCGGCGUUUCGGCUCGCAGCUUGCAGCAUUGUUUCUCUCCAAGGUCAUGGCCUGGCUGUUCUCUGCCUUUUCACGGGAGAAGCGCCAGGAUAGAGGAGGCGAAGCCUACGAGUCUGACACCAGCAGCGGUGUCUGCGCGGAGUCUACGUCCAACACCAGCUGGGAAGUCUCCAUGCUCGACUCCAGAGAAGCUCCUAUGCCUCCUGAAGAUGCACUGCUGCUCUUGCAGGAUGGCAACGCUCGUUUCGUCAAGGGCACGCCGAUGGCCGUCCGAACCAAUGAUGCGGCGCGGCGCAACAAGGUUGAUUUGGAGCAGCCUCCCCACGCUGCCAUCGUGGGGUGCUCUGACUGCUGCGCGCUGGAAACCAUCUUCGACUCUUUGCCAGGUGACAUCUACGCCUUCAAAAACGCCGGCAACACGCUGACCCACGCGAGCGGCAGCAUGGUGGCAAGCCUGGAGUUCUGCGUGGACCUGGGCUGCCGCCUGAUCCUGGUACUGGGGCACUCGCCCUGCAUCGCAUUGGAGGAUGCCACAAAGGCCUACUUCCAGCGCCACAGCUGUGGCGACUCCGCCUUGAACAACCUGCUCUACGACCUAGGGGAAGCAGUUCAGGAAACUAUCGCAGACACGUCCGCCGAUGCGGCGGAGGUGGCAUUGCGCGCAGUCCCAGGCUUGUGCGAGGUGAACGUUUUUCACACCGCCGACCUGCUGCUCAAAUUCAGCCGCGCCAUACGUGAGAAGGUCAGCGGUGGGGAGCUGCAGGUGCAGGGGGCUGUCUUCGAUUCAAAGACCGGCAAGGUGGAGUUCCUUGGGCGUUCGCCCCGAGAAGCCGAGAUUCUGAAAAGCGAUGCGCCAGCGCCAGUUUGGCCAGACGCAGUGGAUGACGAGAUGCCUGCGCCAGAGUGCCAGAGCUUGCGUCUGGCGCCGGAAGAGGCUCUCAGCCGGCUGCGUGAUGGGAACCUGCGCUUCGUGGAUGGCGCUGUGUGGCAGCAGGAUCUGUGCCCGGCAGCGCAGCACCACUGUGCGGUACUGGCCUGCGCGGAUGCUCGGGUACCGGUGGAUGUGAUCUUCAAUGCUGCCCCCGGAGAGAUCUUCGUGAUGAAAAACGCAGGGAAUACUUGCACCCACUCGGCGGGUAGCAUCAUGAGCAGCUUGGAGUUCAGCGUCACAAAGCUUGGUGUGCGGCUGGUUCUCAUCCUGGGACACACGCCCUGCACUGCUAUGACCGUGUGCUGCAAACAGGCUCAUGCAGCGCAUGACGAGGACGUGGAACUGGAGCAGCCGCUGAUGCAGUCACUGUCCGCCGCGGCGUCGCAGGCGGAGCACGAGCUGGGAGAAGGCAGCAGCCCGGAGGAGAUCAGCAAACACGCCGUGAAGCUGAAUGUCUUCCACGUGAUUGAGAGCAUUUUCGCCACAAGCCAGAUCCUGCGGUCCUUGGCAAAGAACAGUACUUUGCAAGUCCAAGGCGGCCUGUACCACAUGGAAACCGGAAACGUGGAGUUCCUGGGACGACUGCCGCACGAAGAGCAGGUCUUGGAGUGA